UUUGGUGACAUUCCUUGCUUCUUCCUUUCUCCCCACUCGGCCCCCUCCUUGGACCGUUUCAGAAGUCGACCUCCUUAAAAUCUCUGUCUCUCUCUCUUUUUCUCUCUCUCUCUGUCCGCCAUGGCUCCCUCUACCUCUCUCCCUCUCUUCUUCUUCUUCUUCUCCACCCUGUUCUUCAUCUCCCAAUCUCAGAUAACAGCUCGCAAUGGUCUUAUGAUCAACUGCGGGUCGUCGCGGUCGAUCGUCUCAAACGGGCUGUCAUGGACUCCCGACUCCUCCUACAUCACUACAGGUUCCUCAGCGUCCCUGAAGCGCCCCAACACAGACCCUGUCUUCUCCACCCUCCGUUACUUCAAUGAAACGGCCCGGAAGUCGUGCUUCGUCCUCCCGGUCCUCCGUGGCAUCCGCUACCUCGUCAGGACAGCGUACUUCUACGGGGGAUUUGAUGGCCGGAACGUUCCUCCGGUCUUUGACCAAAUUGUGGAUGGGACCUUCUGGAGCACGGUCAACACCUCGAAGGAUUACGCCAUGAACCGGCCUUCCUUUUACGAGCUCAUUCUUGCCGCUACCAGGAAGACGAUCAGCGUUUGCGUGGCGAGGAACAAGAAGACGACCACCUAUCCCUUCAUUUCUGCUAUUCAAUUGAUACGUUUGGAGGGCUCGGUUUAUAAUUCGACUGACUUUGGGAAACAUGCACUCAGCACCGUCGCCCGGCACGCGUUCGGCUAUGGAGGCAAAACGAUCAGGUUUCCUGAUGAUCAGUUUGAUCGCUUCUGGGAUCAGUUUCCUGAUAAUCAGUCAUUCAGCACCACUUCAAAUGUCUCUGUGACUGGGUUUUGGAAUAUGCCACCAUCAAAGGUGUUUGAUACCGGAUUGACACCAAAGGAAGGGAAAAAAUUGGAACUUCAGUGGCCCUCUGUAGCCCUUCAGAACUCAAGUUACUAUAUUGCCCUGUAUUUUAGACAUCACCAAGUUCCUGGAUCACCACCCUGGAGAGCCUUAAGCGUGUCUGUUAAUAACGUGGAAUUCUACCGAAACUUGAAUGUUACACCUGGUGGGGAGGUUGUGUUUGCUACGAGGUGGCCUCUAUUUAAUUUUACAAGGAUCUCGUUGUCAGCCUCUGCACAGUCAGCUGUUGGACCAGUUAUUAAUGCUGGAGAGCUUCUUCAAAUAGUGAAUCUUGGAGGGAGAACAUUAACAAGAGAUGUUAUUGCCUUGGAAGCACUAAAGAGAAGCAUGCUUACGCCACCAUUGGAUUGGAAUGGAGAUCCUUGUUUGCCUCAAGAGAACUCUUGGACUGGCGUCACAUGUUACGAAGGUUCGCGAGUUCGUGUGGUUCGCCUGAAUUUAACUGGCAUGGGUAUUAGUGGAUCUUUGCCACCAUUGAUUGCCAAAAUGUCAGCGCUUGAUGAGAUUUGGCUUGGGUACAAUAAGUUUUCAGGAACCAUUCCUGAUCUGAGACCGUUGAAAAGGCUAAAGAUACUGCAUCUGGAGAAUAAUGAACUCAAUGGAACUAUUCCAUCGACACUAGGAAUGGUUCAAAAUCUACGUGAACUGUACUUGCAAAACAACAAUCUCACAGGGAAAAUACCAGCAAAUCUAAGAAAAGCUGGAUUACAUCUACAGAUAUCUCCUGGAAACCCUCUCUUGAGAAGAUGAUCUUAAAUCAGUUGCAAAUCCAUUACAAGUUCCAAGUUUCAGAAGUUGCUGCUUAGUUGAUACCAUACAGAGGGCUGUUUAUCUUACACUUUCGCCAACAUUAAGGUCAACGCCUCCCCACUAGUUUGUGAAGAACUUACAGAGGGUGAAAGAUAUCUGGCGAGUUGUAUAGCUGUGCCUGAGGUUAUGUCGCAGCAGAGUUAUGAGAUUCAAUUUGUUGUUGGUUUUGGCUUUUCUUGCCUUUAUCUGUAUAAAAUCGGAUGUAGGUGAUUUAUCUGUACAAAACCUUGUGUUGUAAUCAUACGCGUGUAUAUUGGUGUCAUCUGUUGCAUAAGAAAUGGCAAAUUCCAUUUCUUAGUGCCAAAUCGUGAGUCACUGAACAGGUUCCAGAAUCAUCAAAGUCAAGUCCAGUUCCAUUGAAAUCUGGUUUAUCCCAUAACGUUACCACGAAGAUGGAAUUUAGUA